GUUGCGUGAUCUGCGUGCUCACUGCUCAGUGCAGUGGGAGGAGGGUUGUCUUCACAAGGUAUUAGCGACAAUCCUGUCAACAAACUCACAUAGAGUGUGAUGAAUCACGUUUACUGAAUGGACAUUUCUUGACAGAAGCAUUUUUAGUUCAAGGAAAGCGUGCAUUCUGGAGGAAAACUGAGUAAAUGUCAUCAGUGCUUUGACAUCUCCACUCCGGACCCCAAUUGAUGUUUUGUGGUAUCAACAUGACUGCUGUCAACAUCACCAGAGACAUCCUGCACAGGCAGAUCAGAGACAAGAGAGCACCAGCCUUCCAGAGGUCCUAUCAUGUGACCGACCCUUUCAUCAAAAGACUUGGGCUGGAGGCCGAGCUUCAGGGUCACACUGGCUGUGUGAACUGCCUGGAAUGGAAUGAAAGUGGAGAUUUACUGGCCUCGGGCUCGGAUGAUCAACAUGCCAUCGUCUGGGAUCCAUUCAAACACAAGAAGCUUACCACCAUGCACACAGGUCAUGCAGCAAAUAUUUUCUCUGUAAAGUUCCUCCCUCACUCCGGGGACAGGAUCUUGAUAACAGGCGCAGCCGACACAAAGGUCCAUGUGCAUGACCUGUCUGUGAAGGAGACCAUCCAUAUGUUUUCUGAUCACACCAACAGAGUCAAACGCAUUGCCACAGCCCCCAUGUGGCCCAACACCUUCUGGAGCGCUGCGGAGGAUGGCAUCAUCAGGCAGUACGACUUGAGGGAGAACAGUAAGCGCUCAGAGGUGCUGAUUGACCUCACGGAGUUCUGUGGUCAGCUGGUCGAGGCCAAGUGUCUCGCAGUCAACCCACGGGACAACAACUACAUGGCAGUGGGCGCCAAUGGGCCUUUUGUUCGCCUUUAUGACAUCAGGAUGAUUAACAACUACAGGAAAUCUAUGAAUCAGGGCACAUCAGCAGCUGUGCACACAUUCAGUGAGAAACCCAUCCCAGACGGAGCUGGGCAGUAUUACGUUGCAGGUCACUUGCCAGUGAAACUCCCAGACUACAACAAUCGCCUGAGAGUCUUGGUGGCCACCUAUGUCACCUUCAGUCCUGAUGGCACUGAGCUACUGGUUAACAUGGGUGGUGAACAGGUGUAUCUGUUUGACUUGACAUUUAAACAGAGGCCAUACACCUUCUUGAUUCCAAAGAAGUGCCAGUCAUCAACAGGAGAUGUACAGAAUGGAAAGACAACCAAUGGCGUCUCAAAUGGAAUUGUCUUGCCAACCAGCCAUAUUCGAUUUUCCGGAAGCACGACGGGCUCUAGUUCUACUGAGCUCCCUGCUUACUUGGAAAAGAUAAAGCAACAAGCUAAUGAUGCGUUUGCACGGCAGCAGUGGACGCAGGCCAUCCAGCUGUACAGUUUAGGCAUUCAUCAGGCCAGCUGCAACGCCAUGCUGUACGGGAACCGGGCAGCAGCAUACAUGAAACGCAAGUGGGACGGAGACCAUUAUGAUGCCCUCAAGGACUGCCUGAAGGCUCUGUCUCUGAACCCCACUCACCUAAAGGCUCAUUUCAGGCUGGCACGCUGUCUGUUUGAGCUGAAGUACGUGUCUGAAGCUAUGGAGUGUCUGGAUGAUUUCAAAGGGAAAUUUCCAGAUCAGGCCCACAGUAGUGCUUGUGAUUCCUUGGAUAAAGAUAUCAAGGCUGCUCUCUUCACCAAGACAGAAACAGCUGAAGAUAAGAAGGCCAACAGCUCCAUUCGAUUCCACUCAUUCAGUCGGAAAGAGUCCAUCCCUGAAGACGAGUUGGUGCUGAGAGAACGCAGCUUUGACUACAAGCACAGAUACUGCGGCCACUGCAACACCACCACUGAUAUCAAAGAGGCCAACUUCUUUGGAAGCAAAGGCCAGUACAUUGUCAGCGGCUCAGACGACGGCUCCUUCUUUAUCUGGGAAAAGGAGACGACUAACCUGGUGAGGAUCCUGCAGGGGGAUGAGUCCAUAGUGAACUGCCUGCAGCCCCACCCCAGCUACUGCUUCCUGGCCACGAGCGGUAUCGACCCUGUGGUUCGAUUAUGGAGCCCAAGAGCUGAGACAGAGACUGAGAACGGGCGGGUGGUGGAGGACAUGGAGAGUGCUGCUCAGGCGAAUCAGCGGCGCAUGAACGCUGACCCGCUGGAGGUCAUGCUGCUCAACAUGGGCUAUCGCAUCACAGGCCUGCGUGGCGUCGGUCCGGAUGGCUCCGAUGAUGAAGACAGCUCUGACGGACAAGUUCAGUGUCGGCCAAGCUAAACAAAUCUCAGCCAUUCUAGAGAAUGGAUGUAGGAAGCAAAGCGCUCUCCCAGCUCCUGUUUGAAUCUUCCCCCCCAACCAAUCUGACAGAAACAUUAAUUGAAUGUCAUGUCACAUCUCUGCACUAUGCAUCGCCCUCCCCUUUCCAAAGAGAGGACUGGUGGAGACCACUUUGGGGAGAGGAAUUUAUGGAGGGUGGAGAAGACAAACAUCUCGCCCCCUUCAAAGCACCAACCUCAGGGGGACACCUUUGAGGAGAGCACCUUCCACCACACUCCCCAGUUUGUCACGAAGACGAGGGAGUUCAGCACUUAUCCCUCCUCAGGUUUAUGUUGGAGAGACACUCAACACGCAGAAGGCCCUCAGACGACCUAUUUUCAGGUCAGUGUGGCUGCACAGUCGCAGUGUCCUCCCGGAGGAUCAGAUCACAGACCAGAAGACGGUGCUUUGUUGCACCUCCUGUCUCCUGGAGUCCGAGUGCCCGCUCGUCUCAGAAAGGCUGCACACCCAACACGACUUGGUCAUAUUUUUUGUUGGAGUUGUGAUCACAGGAAGCCAAGAAUAAAUUGUCUCUCUCCAAGUUGUAUUGUUGCUCCCAAGAAAUGUAUUUAAAAGCUGUGUUACGUUUAUAACUGUCAGAAAAGUGUUUUCUUCUGCCAAAGGUCGUCACUUCAAUGGCCAAGGAUUAAUGUCUGUUGUCUUUGUUUCAUUGAAACAUCAUGUUGGCAUACUGUUCUCCUUUUUAGUUGAGAUGUUUUACUACAAUAGUUUGUUGACAAGAUCAACAACAUAUCAACAGAAGAACAUUUGUAAAAAAAAAGAAAAAACGUUCUAAUGCAGUUUUUAUGUUAUAAAUCAAGCCCCAUUGAUUGCUUAUGUCAUUUGGCAUGAAAUGUUAGUGUGAAACUUCUGUUGGGUAUAAGAGGGGCACGGAUGCUAAUUUUUGCUAUAUGGUAACAGGGCGCUACAUGUUUGGUGGCUAUAGGGUUUCUGCCUACUAGCUGCGUGGCUCUAGCGCUAGUCCUCUGCUGCAGCCAGGUGUUCAGUCCUGCUUGCAUGAGGCUUCUCUGACCAUAGUUGUGAGCAAAAAUGGACACUAAGCCAUCCCAACUGUUGCUCAGAGAACAGCCCGUUGGGUCUUCUUUCCCCCUCAAAAGGGUAACUUUAAGGUCCUCAACAUCAUGCAACACUAAGCUUCCAUGUGUUUUACUUUGCUCAUUCAUUUGAGAUUUGAGGAAUCUUAUAAUUAUCUUUGUUGCAAACAAAGUCAACAAUAAAAGUAUUGAACACCUUG